AUGUCUUUUGCUGGUCCGAGCAAUUUGCCUGAGGCUAUCGGCUCUUCGGCUUUCUUUCCUCGUUUACUGUCUAACGUUCGGGAGGCCACAUCUGCCGCUGGUUUACCUCUGGACACUGUCAUUUUGCAAUCUAUUCUUCUCUGUUUCAUCUCGGGGGAUAAACACCUUAUCCUUCGUACUUCUGAAGAAGACAUACCCUAUGUCCAGAGAAUUGCUGUAACGGUGAGCACUUGUUUAUUUCACACCCACGUCCCUUCCUGCGGGGUGGUCGGAACAGUAGUGAGCAGCCGUCCAUCGCCUCGUGUUGGUCAAAUACGCUCUAUGCUUCUUAAUUUCAUUCAGCUGCCAUCAAUGAUACUUGGUAUCCAUGACCAUCCCUUUGCUUCUUUUGACCGUGAAUUACGGAACACAAUAUUGAUACUCUCCUCCCUUUUCGGUAUUAUGACCCACAAACUACGUAUACGUAAACCAGAUGCCGAGCCCCGACAUCCCGCCUUUCGGCAAACAAUCGCGAGCCCGUUUCUCCGGUCGUUAUUCCUACCAGGCACUCCAUCUUCCAGUUCGACCCUGAGUUCUAUAGACGAUCCCAGCACCACUGGAGUAUCAGCCAGCAAAACAGAGAAACGUCGUUCAGGCUCGCGGAGCACUACAAAACGUAAAUCCAAACACUACUCCCGCUCUUCCUCCUUCGCGAAUGACUUGGUUAACGCUCAGUCAUUGUCACCAAACACCCUUCACUCUGAUCCAUUUGAAGACAAGCCUCGUUCUCUUUCUUCCACCAUCAGUGGCAAAGAAACUACAGCAGCAUCAAACCCUUUCGCUUCCGGUCACUCUCCAACCUCACCCCAUUCUCCCACAUUUCUCCAUUCGUACCUGGAUUCAGCUUUCCAGGAAUCAAGAGACUUGAAGUUCGCACAAAUUCCCAAUGCUGUUGUGCUCUCGGGAUUGGAGAACGCUAGUCUCCCUUCCCAAAAAGCACUGGUAAAAGUCUUGGCCGAGAAGCGCGUGGUGCUUGAUUCCCAGGAACUCGAAGUGGUGCGUUCUUCGACCCAUGGGAGAGAAAAGACGCAGCCAAUGGGCUCGGGUUCCUUAUAUGAUGAUCUUGAGGAUGAAAAGAUGGACGGUGUAUGGAACCUUCCGGAUGGAUUCAUGCUAAUCUACGUGUGUCCUAUGAAUACCAGAGAACGGCCCGCGAUUCAUAAGACUCUGUUAGACCGCUUCUCUAUGAGUGCAACAGUCAGAUUGGCAGCUGACGUUCGCGCACUUUGCAAGCACCCCUACAUCGCUCCUGUAUUCACUUCCACGCCAAUACCCCAGACCCUCAUCCACGAUCUACGUGCAUUUUAUCAUCAAACCCACUUCCCUGCGCAACUCAGAUUAUACCUCUCUGACUUAUUCACUGCCACAAGACACCACCAUGAGCUGGAUGGGAUGUGGUUGACGGCGCGCUCUAUGCAGGACGCUGAAGAUCUUGCUCGGGCGAGUCGUGUGCUGGGAUGUGAUCCCACAGGUAUGGAACUCAUUCGUGAGGCUGCUGCCAUGGGGGAAACUUCUACGCAUCCUGAUGAGGACGAAGACGAAGACAAAUUCUUUGAUGUGAUGGAUGAGGUAUCCUGGGGCGCUGCCAUGGAUAUGGACGGCCCGAAAAUUACAGACGAACCCGUUCCUGUGCUCGAUGUGUCUGAAGCUGACAUCGCGAGGAUUACGCCCCGGGUGAUGACCCAUAGGUUGCGGGUGGGAGAUGUGGAUGAUGAUAUAUUCUAUGGAGUCAUGUCCGGAGCGGCGUCUAUGUCUGUAAAUAACGACGAGAGGCCGACUGUCAAGAGCAUACUGAUACAGAUACUAGCAGAGGUUUAAUUUAGAUGUGGG